AUGUUUUCUGCAUUACGAUCAAGAAUAUUUUUUCAGAAUUGUUGGUCUAUUCCUCGUUCAUUAACACUUUUUGAACGACAGACAAUUAAAAUAAAUAAUCGUACAUUCACAUUUUCUGCUUUGUAUUUUCAACAACAAACAACAAGUAAUAAUGCUUCGUCACCAUCGAAAUUAUCUUCAUUAAUGGGUGAACAUGAUAAUAAAACACCGUUUAUAUUUUCUAAAACAUCAUCAGAUCCAAAAAAAUAUACUAAAGGUCAACCUGAUGACGAAAAAAAUGAACGUGAAGCUCGAGCAGCUUGGGAUGUGCGUAUGUUAAAAUAUACAGGAUAUUUUCUUGGUAUAUGGUUAUUUUCAACAAUUGGUUAUAUUAUUCUUGUUUGGGGUACACCACAAAUUGAUCAAAAUGGAAAUAUUAUACACGAUCAAUAUUCAAAUUUACCAAUAUGGCAACAAUAUAUUAAACGAUCAUUUCGAGAAGUUAUAAAUUAUUGGCAAACAAUUAAAGAUCCAACAAGUGAUAAACUUUUACCUGAACCAUUACCAGCACCUUAUCAACCAAAAUAUACAUUAGUUAUUGAAAUGUCAGGAGUUUUAUUACAUCCAGAAUGGGCUUAUAAUACAGGAUGGAGAUAUAAAAAACGACCAGGAUUAGAUUAUUUUUUAAAAGAAGUUGGUUAUCCAGUUUAUGAAGUUGUUAUUUAUACAAAAGAAACACCAUGGGGUGCAGCGUCAGUUAUAGAAAAUAUGGAUACUGAUCAUCGUAUAAUGUAUCGUUUAUUUCGUGAAAAUACUCGAUUUUUAAAUGGCACCCAUGUUAAAGAUUUAUCAUGUCUUAAUCGUGAUGUAAAAAAAAUAAUUUUCUUAGAUUGGGAUGAAAAAGCUUAUCAAUUACAACCACGAAAUGCUUUACAUCGUUUAAAAAAAUGGGAUGGUGAAGAAGAUGAUAGACAAUUACUUCAUUUAGCUUCAUUUCUUCGAAUGAUUGCUGCGAGUGGUGUUGAUGAUGUACGUGAUGUACUUGAUCAUUAUAAUCAAGAAACAGACCCGGUUGAAGCAUUCUUAAUUCGACAACAAAAAUUAUUUGAGUUAGAAGAACAAAAACGACAGCAAGCAGCAACAGCAACUUCACCUGUAAAACAGUCAAAAGGAUUAUUUAGUGGUUGGACAAGUUCAAAACGAUUUUAA